AUGUCUGAAGGAGAAGAAGAACAAAAGUACAAGCUUGAGGUUGAGGGCGAAGAGCCCAGGGACAGCUCCAGAGACUUCACAGGAAAAGGUACCGCUACCUACCCUAAUGGAGAAACCUACGAAGGAGAGUUCAAAGACGGCUUAAGAGACGGUCAAGGCAAAUAUACUUACAUCAACGGUGAUGUGUACGAAGGUGAAUGGAUUGAGAAUUUCAGACAUGGCAUCGGCAAAAUUGAGUAUAAAGGAAAAGGUGUAUAUUAUGGUGACUGGAUUAAAGGAAAAAGACAUGGAGAAGGUCUUUUUACAUAUCCAAACAAGGAUCUUUAUUCAGGAAAAUGGGAAGAUGGUCAUAAACAAGGGAUUGGAACCUUUAUCUUCUAUGAUACUGGCAUGAAACUAUACGGAAGCUGGAAAGCAGGCAAGUUUGUUGAAGGAAAGUGGAUUUAUCCAAAUGGUACCUAUUUCCAAGGAAAAUAUGAUAAUAAUAAGCCAAAAGGAGUUGGAACAUGGAACUUCAAUAAUGGUAAUAUAGUUAAAGGGGAAUAUUCCCAGAUGGUUAAAGUUAACACUGACAGAAACGAUCCUAAAAAGCCAGACGAAGAAAUUCUUGUAUGGAAAACAACUGCUUAA